AUGCAAUCAUUUUAUAAGUUAGCAUUCCAAACACUUUCAAGUUUCCAUUCUUUAGGAUUAGUAAGUGAUGAGGAGAAGUCAUACUUGAAAGAAGUGAUCAUUAAUUGGUCUACUCCUUAACUUAAUACUUCUUAGGAUUAGAUGUCUGUAUUAGUUCUUCAAAUUAUUCGGGUACUUAGAAACUAAGUCUAACAUGUUUAUUAGACAUAGAAAUUCUUGUGUUUGAUUGAGGAAGAAACUGAUGAAGAUGAGAAUAUAUGA